AAACCAAACUAUCUAUCUGCAGAAAGCCAAAUCUGUAGAUUGCUUUGGUCAUUGUGAAAUAGCCAUCAGUGCGUGCUAACCAGUUGGGAAAAAGCUAAUCCCUCAGCUCACAGGUGGCGGGCUGGAAUCUACCAGUCGCGAUACUUAUCGCACCCCGUGCUCCGAACUACCCGGCAUAUGUCAGAAUACACCAAAACACCAAGACUUCGAUCUUUCUCCUGAAUUCCCUCCCGUUCUCUGUUGUCGAUCGUCUGUCCUCCUGGCUGCAAUACGCAGAUUGCUUUUGCAGAGCUGUCGUGGUCCCCAGAUCCUCUCCGUCGCUCAUCUUUCCGCACCGACCUUUGUCUCAUCCCCGCCUUUGCCUGCACUGAUGCAGUAGAACUCUUUGAACGCAUUGAUAGAUAUAAAUCUGCUGGAUAUACAUACAUCUCAGUCGCAUAACAGUGAGCAAUUGCUAUACAUUUCAGUAUGACGUCCGCUCCGACGCCAGAGAUGACGCCCGCCGAGGCCGAGUCGGUCUACUUCAACAACUACCCCCCGCCCAAAGCCCUCCCGAAGCAUGAAGCCCUCGCUCGAGCUUUUGUCGAUUACCACGCCCAAGCAAACCGACGCCUUGUCCUGGUGACAUCGGGGGGCACCACCGUUCCUCUUGGUUCGUGGGAUGGCUCGUGCACGUGAGAAAGAUUCUGACCGUUGUACAGAGAACCAGACUGUUCGCUUCAUUGACAACUUCAGCGCGGGCACGCGAGGUGCUGUGUCGGCAGAAUACUUUCUUCAGGAGGGAUAUGCAGUGAUUUUCCUACAUCGGCAAUUCAGU